CACCACCGGGAGUUUCCGAAAAAUCACAUUCAGCCCUGAAGACUGAACAAUGGUUAACAUGAGCUAUCACCAAUUUUUACUAAAAUAUCCACAUUCGAGUUCAAGACAGUCGAGAAGGCGAGCGAAUAAAAAAAAAAGGAAUUGUUGGGACAAGCUAUCUCCAACAAAUUGGCAGACUUGAUUAACAGAGACUUUCUAAAAGGUCCAGUGUGAACCGUGUGGCCGAGUACCUGUGUGUUGCGACUGACUGGCGAGAUGACUGCCGAGUGGCUACACCUGCCCCCGCCAUACCCCCCUGGCGUGGGGCCGUUGUGUGGUGCAGAAUUGGAGGCGUGGUAUGAGGACCUGCAGGAUAUUCUGGGCUCCGACACGGGAGGGGCAAAACUGGCACGUGCCCCCACAUGCACCGAGAAAGAGCCGGAGUUUCUGGAUGUUCUGGAGAGUUGUUCUCUGACGUGGCUGACGGACGGAGGCCAGACGUGGGGCGAUGGUGUCCAGAGGAAUAAAGAGGAGAUCCACAACACCCAGCCUCUGCAUCACACCUCAUCAUCCUCCUCCUCCUCUACCUCCUCCUCCUCCUCCUGCAGGAGUCCAGCUGUUGCAGAAGAGCGGCGGACGGAGGCCGAGAGCAGGAGAGGUGGAGAUAGCUCGACAGGAGGCGGCAGUGAUCUGCUGCCUCCAGAGUUUUUCGAGUUGCUGAGUGAAGGAGGAGUGGGAAUGGUGGAUCCGAGCGGAGCGGUGAUCAGCGGUGGCUAUUAUUACCACCACCAUCAACACCACCAGGCUAAUAAUGUCCAACCUGCGUCUCCCUCAGCCAGCGAGGAGGAACUGCCCUGUGUCCCGGAUUCUCCAUCCUGCUCCUCCUCAGCCUCCCAGUCGCCGUCUCAAAAUUGUUCUUCUCCCUCCUCACCCGUCUCUUCACCCUCCGCUUACCCGUCCUCCCGCCUGGGAAAACGCAAGAGGUCCACCAGCGAGAGGACCAACAGUGCCUUGUCUUCCUUCGCCUCCUCCACGCAGCACACAUCCUCAUCCUUUUCAUCGGCCAAAAAGAGUCGCAAAGAAAGAGAGCAGGAGAACGAGAGGAAGGUGCAGGAGCUGACGGAGCAGAAUGAGCGCUUGAAAUCGGAGAUUGAAAGGCUGGGAGAGGAGGUACAGAGGACACGUAGAGCCCUGAUAGAGAGACUAGUCAACACCAGGAAGUGAGGGAGUAGUGAAAGACAGGAAUAAGAGAUGACAGGUCCUAAAUAAUUGGAUAAGCAGUGGUGGUGAAAGAUGUAAUAUGGUGGUCAUGAAAUGCCUCUAAGACAGGAAGGGAUGGAAAGAUAUACCAAAGAUAUAUUUUCUAAGCAAGAGGAUUUUUUGAACACAGAGCUCAAAAUGGCAAGAAAUAGGAAAGUGAAUAAAGACAAGACAAGACAAGAAAAGGAACAGAGAGAAAGGGCUGCAACAGCAAUGCGGCAAAUUAAAAAGACACAGCAUGUUUAAGGAAAAGGAAGAACAGACGGCUCUAAGUGCAAACGAAACGUGGAUUUGAUGAAUGUUUGUUAUUUCUUAAAGAAUGUCAGGAAUAACAGUGAAGAGCAUUUUGCUGAUUUUGUAUGUUGAACAGAAAGGAACUUAAUUGAGUGCAUUUCAUUGUCAUCCAUUCCCACCAUUUUGCAAUAAUUGUAACUCCUAUGUUAAGGGCUGCAAUUUGGCUAGCAGAGAUUAUUUGCCCCAAUUUGUGGAGAGUUUAGGAGCUCAGGAAAAGUCUGAAAGUGCCCAGUGCAGUGUGAGCAUGAGAGAAUGAUUGUUUUUUUUGGAAGAAAAUUCAUAAUCUUUCUUACUUUUUUAUAACCCAUGGCUUGUGUGUAUGUGUAUUUAGUAGGACCCGGCUAUACUUUCUAAGCUGACCUUUUCUAUCAAUAUGGGAAUUUGUGGAAGAAUCAUCACAAGAUGUUCUACCUUAAUUUACUAUUUUUAUACAACGCUGUAAUAUAUAUACACAAUUGUACUGUAAUGGCUUGUACUGUAAGAUGCCAACAUAUCCUCUGUUAUUUUCUCACUGCAGAUACAAAUUGUUAAUUGUAGAGUAAUAUGCAUGGCUUUUAUCACUGAUGGCAUCAAAUACAUGUAUUUUACCAUAACUAAUUAUUUUAUCCUUCAUUGUAAUCCCAUAUUUGCAAUAAAAGAAAAUA